AGAAUAAUCGAAAAACAAUUAUACCACCGCAUACUAAUAAGUAAGACAUAACAGAUAACCAAAUUCUUGAAUCUUAAAACAAAUUUCAACUUGAGCAUUUAGUGAAUAUCAAAUUAACUAAUAUCGCGCUCGUAGGGCGGGCCAACCCUAGUAGAUUUUUAAGAAUAUGUUUGUCGAAUGAUGUAGCAGACUUGUUAUAAACAAUUGAUUUAUGUGGUCAACUUAUUUUCUUAUUGACCGAUUUAUUUUUGGGAAAAUUGCUAAAAGAGAACAAAAAAAUAAGGUUGUUGUCCCCUUGGUAUAAAACCAACAUAAAAUUGUCUCAAUAGUGUAAUUUUUCUCAUAAUCCCAAAACUAACUCUAAAUUUAAUCUAAUUAAACACAAUUUAAAAGUUAAUUUGAAUUUUUUUUAAAAAAGUUAAUGGAGAAAAGGAAAAAAAACAGUUGAAGACAGUCGAAAAAAAAGAGAUAUAUAUAUGCAUCUUAGAGAAUAAGAGUUUGUGAGAAGAAUCAAAAGAAAAACUAUGGAAAAACCAUAAAUUGAUGAAGAAGAGAAGAGAGAAUCAUUUUUUUAUUUAAUUUUUUCAAGUAAAAUCGACCAUAACACGUUUUAGGAAGUUAGAAUAUUUCUAGGAGAUUUUUAGAAUAUUUCCUUAACUGAAAUUUCAUUAAUUUUCGCAAAAAAUCAGGUAUUCUUAUCCGUAGAAGGUGACUUCUAAAAGUUUAGAAGAAUGAUAAAAAUUCUGAAUACACUUUCUACUUUGAGUAGACAUAAGAGUACAUUGUAGAAAACAUAUUCCCCGAAAUUUAGAAUGCUUUAUAAAAGUAGAAGAUGCAUUCGGAAGGAAAGUGGAUACCUUUACGAUUAGUAGAAUGCGCAUUCCUCUUUUUUAGAAAUUUAGUAAAUAGUAAAAUGGGCGUUCUAAAAAAAGUAGAUGAACGUGUUUAUUUUAGAAAUCGUUUUCUACUAUACCAUUUUUCGUAGAAGACGCAUUCUACGUUUAGUAGAAAGUAUUUUAAAAAUCUUAUUUACCAAGUCUUUGAACAAAAGAAAAUUAUCAGCUUGUGUAUAUGGAUGUUUUAUUAAUUGUUUAUAUUUUUAAUAAUUUUUUGAUUCACAAAAUUAUUUAUUUCAUUAGUUUUCAGAAAUACAAAGAGUAAAAAGGAGAAAAAAUGGACAAAAUUAGUUUUAUACCAAAAGGACAACAACCUGAUUUUUUUGUUCUCUUUUGGCAAUUUUCCCUUUAUUUUUUUAUGUUAGACUUACUUUUUUUACGGCAGAUUUCUAUAUCCAAUUUAAAAUUGUUGGCAGACUUUUUUGUUUAUGAGGUGACAGACUUUUUAAUUUAUGUUAUAAUAGAUUUAUUGACGAAAAUCUGGGUUUAUGUAAACCAAACUUAAUUUAAUAUUUAAUUUCAAUCUGGUUUACAUUAAUUUCGAAUUUGAUUUAUUUUUAGAUUAAUUAAGAUCAGAAUUAGGUAAAUUUUUGGUUAUUGUCAUGAUUUCUUUCAUCAUUCUUUUCUUGAACGUCUGUUCAUGUCUGGUGGAGCUAAACAUCUGUUCCCACAUUUAUAGUUUCUUGAACAAUCUGUUGUCAUCGGAAAAAAAAAAGAACAAUAUAUUGUCAAAGCCACAAAUAAAUACAAUGAGGUUUUACAGGAAUGAGUUUCUUACCAUUCGAUUAAAAAUAUCUUGCUCUUCUGGCAGUCCUCAACAGUGACAAAGGCCCUGUUCGUUUGCAGGUCGCUAGCGGCAGCGACCAGUCCUAGCGACUUAACGUUGUUCGUUUGGUGAUCGCCGGUUCUGCGACUGAUCGCUGCGACUAGACGCCAGCGUUCGGCGUUCAAAAAUUCCGAUCGCUGAAAAUUUUAGCGUUGCGAUCGAAAACCAGCGAUCAAAAAAAAAUAGUGUAAAAAGACAAAAAUACCCUUGAUUUAUCUUCAAAAUCACAAAACAAUACCCUUAACCCUAGAUCUCUUUACGCCUUUCUUCAUUACGCUUCUUCAUCGUCUCUCCUCCUCAGCUCUCUCACGCAGGCUACCAUCAAAGCUCAAAGGUCUGUCCAAAAUAGGUGGUAGCUGCUAAUUGCCUCAUAGGUUUCCUCAGCAACGAGCUGAAAGAAGGAGGACGAGCUCCGGUGAGCGUGUUCCUAGAGAAAUCAAGCUCCGAAAGACUCGACAGCUCCCCUAAACUGCUCGGAACCGAACCAGUGAGACUGUUACGAGACAAGUUCAAACUCACCAAGCGAGUGAGAUUACCGAGUGUUACGGGAACAACGCUAACAAGGUCUGUCCAAAAGAGGUGGUGCAGCUGUCUCAGUGUUUUGACUGACCAAAAGUAUUUCAAGGAAGGCUUUGAAAACUUGGAAGCAAUAAGAAGAGCUGGUGUUAAGAUUUGGACAUAAAUCACAACAAGACAAGACAAGAAGAAUGACUGAUGAUGUAAGUGUUUUAGGCAGUUGUAGUUUCUUAGAUCUUUUGUGAUUGCUUUUUCUGCUAGUUUAUCUUGUUUGUCUAUUGAUGAGACUUGUUAUUUAGAAAUGGACCAAUGAAGAAGUUAGGUAUUUCUUUGCUCUUUAUGCUGAUGAGAAAAAGAAAGGGAACAGACCAAGGAGUGGCAUGAAUCUAUCUGGAAGAGAGUUCAUCGUAAAUAAGUUUGAAGGAAAAUUUGGUAAGAGAUGGAUAUGGGACAGGUUUAAGAACAAGGUUGAUAUUAGUAGAAAAGCAUAUGUCAAGUUCAAGAAGCUUACCCACAAUAGAACCGGGCUUGUCUAUGAUGCUUUGGGAAGGUUGGAGAUGUCGGAUGCUUGGUGGGAUCAACGCAUUGCGGAAUGGCAAGGUGCAAGAAAGUAUAAGACCAAAGUGCCUCCAAACAUGGAUGUGUUUGAAGCAGAGUUUGGUGCUGUUACUGUGAUUUUAAUGUUUUGCAGAUGGUUAGGUGGUAUUUGGAUGAUGAUGAUGAGGAUGAUGAUUAUGAGGAAGAGCAUGAAGUUGAUGUGCUUAAGCCAGAGAGAUUGCUUCAUAGAACAGAUCGAGGUGCUGGAUGGAAUCAUGUUCAGCAGCUUAUGCACGGGUCAGAUCAACAGUGCUAUGAUAUUCUUCGCAUGAAUCAGAGGACAUUUCAAGAUCUGUGUAAGAUGUUAGCAACGUGAUAUGGGUUACAAGAGACGCAGAAUGUUUAUAUUGAAGAAGCGGUUGCAAUGUUCCUUGAAGUGGUGGGUCAAGAUAAGACAGUACGGGUUAUUGCACAAAGAUAUCAACGUUCGUUGGAUACAGUCAAAAGGAAACUUGGUGAGGUUUUGAGUUCUCUCUUGAAAUUUGCUGCAGAUACACUAAAACCAGAAGAUGGUGAGUUCACAAGAGUAUGUCCUACUUUGAGAAAUGAUGAUCGAUACUGGCCAUUUUUUAAAGACUGUAUUGGAGCAUUGGAUGGAACUCAUAUCUCAGUCCGCCCUCCUAAACGAAAUGCAGAAGCAUACAGGGGCAGAAAACAGGAGCCAACCAUGAAUGUCCUUGCUAUAUGUAACUUUGAUAUGAAGUUCAUAUAUGCUUAUGUGGGUGUGCCGGGUAGAGCCCAUGACACAAAGGUAUUAACUUAUUGUGCGAAGAAUGAGCCUUUUUUUCCACAUCCGCCAAAUGGAAAGUAUUAUUUGGUUGAUGCUGGAUAUCCCACAAGAACAUGGUAUCUUGGUCCGUAUCGUAGAGUUCGGUAUCAUCUCUAUCAGUUCAACAGAGGAGGACCACCAACGAACACUCGAGAGGUGUUCAACCGGAGACAUUCAAGCUUGCGAUCAGUGAUUGAGCGGACAUUUGGAGUGUGGAAAGCAAAAUGGAGAAUUCUUGACCGUAGGCAUCCAAAAUAUGGUUUGAUCAAAUGGAUAAAGCUAGUGACAGCAACUAUGGCUCUACACAACUUCAUACGUGAUUCACAUCGAGAAGAUAAUGAUUUUGUGCGUUGGCAGAGAAGAGAAGAAUAUCAUACACAUGGCGAUAAUGAUGAAGAAGAAAGAGAUGAAGAUGAAGAAGAAGAAGAAGAAGAAGAAGAAGAAGAAGAAGAAGAAGAAGAAGAAGAAGAAGAAGAAGAAGAAGAAGAUGGUGAUGGUCAUGGUGGACAUAUUCCAUAUGAGCCGACUAGUGAUAGAGCCAUGGAAGGUUUACGUGAUCAUAUUGGUAAUGAGUUGAGUAGAGGAUAUCGAUUACCUAACUAGUUUAUUUGAUUUGAGUUUGUACUGAUUAUUAUUAUAAGUUACUUGUAUGACCAUUUUCCCUAUUGUUUAAAUCGAAAUCUUUGUAACAAUUAUGAGAGUGUUACUGAUAUUUAUCUUAUAGCUUUAAUUUUUCAAUAACAA